AUUUGGGACGCAAUCAAGGAGUGUCUCAGGCUUAGAGCAUCAGUUUGUCGUUAGCCUACCAAGCCUCACAAUACAGCAAAAGACGGUUGGGUUCUGUCUUCAAAUGCAGAGAACUGAGCAGAACAUGUCAGAGCUAGAGAGUGCCAUGAUCGCCAUCAUCCAUGUGUUCCAUAAAUACUCGGGCCACAAGUGCAAGCUGAAGAAGGCAGAGCUCAAAGAUCUUGUCAAUAAUGAGAUGAGUCACUUCAUAAUUAAUAUCCAAGAGAAAGAGACUCUGGAUGAGCUGUUUGCAGACCUGGACCAGAAUGGAGACCUGGAGAUCGACUUCCAAGAGUUUAUCGCUCUGAUCGCCAUGAUGACAUCAACGUGCCAUGAUCUCUUCAGCACGGAUCACCGCCGUUAGUGACACAAUAUGGCGUUCCAUAAAUUCCAGGGUCCUCUUCCAGGCGUCCUCUUGGGCAGCAGCGUGGGGUGCCAGGUGCCCUCCCCAGAGAGUGAUCACUAUAUGGAAAAACAACAGGACAGCAUGUAAAAUAACCUGAAAAUACAAAUCAUAAUGUAGUUCUCUCAUUUCUGAGAUACUGUAUGUUAAUUAUAAUGUCUAUUACCAUUUUGUCAAAUACCCUUAUUUGGAAACCCUUUAAAUUUGAAUACAUAUGUUAGUGCUUGUAAGUGGAUAUAUAAAUCAAGAAUAAAGGACUGAUAAAUGUUC